AUGCCUCCAAAAAGGAAAAACGACACUAUAAUUAAGGUUGAAGAUGUUGGGAUGGAAGUGGAUGCUGUGUUAGACAGUGGAAGUGAAGAUGAGGCCAGAAGGAGAAAUAAAACUCGAAGAGCCAAAACACAACGUAAAGCCAAACAGGUCAGUGAUGAUGAGGACAAUGAAGAGGAUGAGGAUGAGGCACAGAAGAAAAGAGGACGAAAAAAGAGGAACAAGCCCCAAGACAGUGACCAAGAUGAUGAGGAAGACAAACGAAGUGGGAGACGCAAAAGAUCCAAAGCUUCCAGGAGGAAUGCUGCAAACGAGGAGAGCGAUGAGGAGAGUGAAGAAGAGCGAGGUGAAAGGAAGAAAGGAGCGAGGGCCGUGUCCAAACGGGACAAAGACGACCCGAAUAAGGAGAAGAAGGGAAAUGCUAAGGAGAAAGAUGGGGCAAAUAAAGGCUCUGAGAAGGACAGGAAAAAGAAGAACGGGAAGAAGAGCAGCUCCUCUUUUUCGUCGUCUUCCUCGGAAUCUGAUGAAGAGUCGCUGUCAGAGGGAGAGAUGGCAGCCCUGAAAGAACAAGUGGAGGAGAAGAAGAAACUGAUCGCUACAUUAAGGAACAAACCUUGGCGGAUGAAGAAGAGACUCGUACUGCUCAAGGAGGCCCAGGAGUUUGUUGAAAGAUUUGAAGGUGCUCUUGGGAAAGGAAAAGGCAGGAAACUAUAUGCAUUCAAAGUCAUGAUGACAAAGAAAAUAAUCAAGUUUAAGCGGGACUUUGAGAACUUCAAAACAGCAUGCAUACCUUGGGAGAGGAAGAUAAAGGAAGUUGAAAGUCAUUUUGGAUCAUCUGUGGCAUCGUACUUUAUUUUUCUGAGGUGGAUGUAUGGUCUGAAUCUGAUCCUGUUUGGGUUCAUGUUUGGUCUGGUGGUGCUGCCAGAGGCUCUAAUGGGACUUCCCUAUGGCUCCAUUCCACGGAAAACUGUGCCAAGAGAUGAACAGGACACAGCCAUGGACUUCUCAGUGCUCUUUGAGUUUGGUGGAUACUGCAAGUAUUCUUUUUUGUUCUAUGGCUACUACAACAGCGACCGAACUACUGGCGUGCUGAAGUUCAGACUCCCUCUGUCAUACCUGCUCACUGGUGUUGGAAUAUUUGGAUACAGCCUAAUGGUUGUCAUUAGAACGAUGGCUCGUAACGCCAACGAAGGAGGGGAUGGGGCAGAUGAGGGAGAGUUCACCUUCAGCUGGAAGAUGUUCACCAGCUGGGACUACCUCAUAGGAAACCCUGAGACUGCAGAUAAUAAGUACGCCUCCAUAACUACCAGCUUUAAGGAAUCAAUUGUAGAUGAACAGGAGAACCAGAAAGACGAAAACAUCCAUCUCCGACGUUUCCUCAGGAUCCUGGCAAACCUUCUGAUCCUCUGCUGUCUUGGUGGAAGUGGGUAUCUCAUCUACUUUGUGGUGAAACGUUCUCAGGAUUUUGCUAAGAUGGAUCCAGCAGAUCUCACAUGGUUUGAAAAGAACGAGGUGGAGUUUGUGAUGUCUCUGCUGGGACUAGUGUGUCCUCCACUGUUUGAAACCAUCGCAGAGCUGGAAGAUUAUCACCCUCGUAUUGCCCUAAAGUGGCAACUGGGGCGAAUUUUUGCCCUCUUCCUGGGAAACCUUUACACCUUCCUCUUUGCUCUCUUUGAUGAAGUUACUGGCAAGUUGGAGACUGAGAAGUCGCUCAAGAAUGCCACUGAUUGGGCAUUGAAUGAGUACUAUGCCAACUACAGCGCCCACUUCAACACGACAGAUGUGCCUCAACCAAUCGUGCACCCAGCAGACGUUGUCAGAGGACCCUGUUGGGAGACUGCAGUGGGAAUAGAAUUUGUGAAGCUUAUUGUGUCAGAUGUGGAGGUGACCUAUUUGACUAUAUUGAUCGGUGACUUUGCGCGGGCUCUCCUUGUCCGCUUCCUCAACUACUGCUGGUGCUGGGACCUGGAGGCUGGAUUUCCAUCAUAUGCAGAGUUUGACAUCAGUGGGAAUGUGCUAGGACUUAUCUUCAAUCAAGGAAUGAUAUGGAUGGGAGCCUUCUAUGCUCCAGGUCUGGUGGGUCUGAAUGUGCUGCGUCUCCUGACCUCUAUGUACUAUCAGUGCUGGGCAGUGAUGGCCUGUAAUGUUCCUCAUCAGCGAGUUUUCAAGGCAUCAAGGUCCAACAACUUCUACAUGGGCCUGCUGCUCCUUGUGCUCUUCCUUAGCCUGCUUCCCGUUGUUUACACUAUAAUGACCCUGCCCCCGUCCUUUGACUGUGGGCCAUUCAGUGGUCAGGAGAGGAUGUAUGAUGUGGUUAUGGAGACCAUAGAGCAGGAUUUGCCAGCCUUCAUAGGGAACAUUUUUACAUAUGCCACCAAUCCUGGACUCAUCAUGCCUGCUGUCCUCCUCAUGGUGUUGGCCAUCUACUACCUAAACACAGUGUCAAAGGGAUACCAACAAGCAAACCUGGACCUUAAAAAGAAGAUGCAAAUGGCUCGAGACGAGGAGAAGAACCGCAGGAACAACAAGGACAGCACCAAUCAAGUGAUGAAAGACUUAGAGGACCUGCUGCCAAAUAAAUCUUUAAUACCACCUCCCACCAAAGAAGAGCCACCUUCUGAUGUUGUAAUUGAGAAGGGAAGCAAGUCUACCAAAAUGAAGCCAGGUUCAGCAGGGAAAGGGGUCAACCUACAGAAGGAGGUGUCACUGGCUGCCCCAAACCCCAGAGGGCCAGUGACCCAUGCUCCUCGGCCACGGGGUGGGGCACCUGGAAAUGCCAGGGGCCCUCAACCUGGGCCUGGCAGAGGCAGAGGUCGGGGGCACCUCUGA